AUGCACGCCAAAAAAUCAGGAGGGGAAAAGCAGCAGGGGGUAAUGGAGGAAACAGGGACGAGGAUUGCGCCGGAACUUCCGCAGCGCACCAUUGAGGAGGUGCUCGCGGGCGCCAUGUGGGUGGCGAGUCUAACCGACCCCACACUUUGCCUUGAGCGCCUCCACGAGACGUUUAAUGAAGUAAUCUUCAGCUGCGUGGACAAAGAAACGGAAGAUGAGGAGGAGCGCGUCGGGCGGCUCAAGACGGCGGCAGACCGUCUACGGGAACAGAGAGCAAAGGAGGAC